AUGGUCGGAUUCUAUAUACCAAGUAAACAUGACGUCAUUAGAAAAUCUCCGAAGAGUUCAAAAACUGCAAAGCAUAUUUCAAGAAAAUCGAAAAUGUCUGGGAAGAACAAAAAGAGGGUCGAUAGAUCAGAAGAUAGCGAAGAACAAGCAGUAAAAAGAACGCAAAGUGAAGAGCCAUCGUCGGAAGCUGAACUUGGAGAUGUUCCCGGAGGAGAAGAAGUAUCAGAUACUAUGAAGUUGGAAUAUGAUCAAGCAAAUACAACUCACUAUGAGGAUAAAGUAACUACUUCCAACAUUGAAUUCAGUGCAAUGAGUCAAGCGAGUAAUGCUGCGAGUUCCAUGGUUUCUCAACACCAUAACUAG